AUGAAGAACAAAAAAGACCCCCUAAAAAGAAACCCCCAUAUAGCCACAACCCAAACCCACAUCUUCUUCCACGGCGGCCCCCUCUCAAACUGGCACCCCAGCACGCCGCGCUUCCCAGGCCACAGAGCCCUGACCCUGUGUCUACCAGACCUAGACGCUCUGGGCAUCCCGCACCCUUCGCCAAACGCGGCCGUCACACGACUAAUCCGCUCAUGGUCAUUCACCUGCGGCGAGCAAUGGAUGAUGGCGAUGAAGGGGUGGUUAUUCGAAGAGAUUCCCGGGCUGGAUUCGGGUGUUGAUAUCUGCGAUGAGGAGUUCGAGGCUGUGAGAGCCGUGGCGCCGAGGGUGCAGAAGGCGUUGGGGCGCGCUGCGGAGGGGUUUCGUGAGGAUGUGUGGGAAUAUGCCAGUGAGGUGAUUGUUACGGCUGGGUGUGUGGCGAGGGCGGAGGUGGAUUCGGCGCUGAGGGAGGUGUAUCUUGCGAGUGCGGGGCGGAAGUUUGUGGAGGGGAGUGUCAGGGAUCGUGUUUGGGGGGUUGGGCUGAGGUGGGAUUCAGUUGAGAUUCAGGAUGAGGCGAAUUGGAAAGGGAAGAAUCGGUUGGGGAGGUGUCAUGACGAGGCGGCGAGGGUUGUGAGGUUGAGUUCGUAG